UGAACCCACGUGGGUAGGAGACCAGACGAACCUUCCGGGUGCCAGGAUGUUGCAAAGGCUAGUGCACCCUGUUCGGCUGGGUUGUCACCUGUAUGUGGCUCGAAACGUCCAUUUCUCUCCCAGAAGCCACAUUCCUCUUAUUCCCAUUGUAGUGGAACAGACGGGCCGGGGGGAGCGCGCCUAUGACAUCUACUCUCGCCUCCUGAGGGAGCGCAUUGUUUGUGUGAUGGGCCCGAUUGAUGACAACGUGGCCAGUUUGGUUAUCGCCCAGCUGCUUUUCCUGCAGUCGGAAAGCAACAAGAAGCCCAUCCACAUGUAUAUUAACAGCCCAGGUGGCACAGUGACAUCAGGGCUGGCUAUUUACGACACUAUGCAGUAUAUCCUGAACCCCAUCUGCACAUGGUGUGUGGGCCAGGCGGCCAGCAUGGGCUCUCUGCUGCUGGCGGCUGGGUCACCGGGGAUGCGUCACUCCCUGCCGAACUCACGCAUCAUGAUCCACCAGCCCUCGGGAGGGGCACGGGGCCAGGCGACAGACAUUGCCAUCCAGGCCGAGGAAAUCCUGAAGCUGAAGAAACAGAUCAAUGGCCUCUACGCCAAACACACAAAGCAGACCCUGGAGGUGAUUGAGUCUGCUAUGGAGAGGGAUCGAUAUAUGAGUCCUGUAGAAGCCCAGGAGUUUGGCAUCUUGGACAAGGUGCUUGUCCAUCCUCCGCACGAUGGAGAAGAUGAACCAGAACUGGUGCAUAAAGAGGCACCCCCUACGCCCACUCCCUCCUCUUCUUCGGCAGAACCCUGAGGGACCCACGGCUUCAGCGUUGCGUCUGAGGGGAUUUAUUGCCAGCCUGCUUUUGUGAGGAUGAUGCCUGCCUUCAGCCCGGCUGUUUGGAUUCCUCAGAUCGCCUCAGGAUAUGACUCUCUUUAGUGGACCGGCUCUUCAUACGGGCAGAGAGAACAGCUGGCCAGCUGUGUCCUUAGGAGCUGGUCUCUUGCCCUGCGGGCUCUGACACUUCUUUUUCCCCAGUAGAAAAGUACCUCCCACCACCACCUCCCCUAAUUACAGCACUGUUUCCAUAGGGAUGGUUUUAAAUUAAACGUUGACCUCUUUGA